UUUGAUAUUUGAUCCAUCAGGUCAGGUAGGAAGCCAUUAAUACUACUGAGCAAGGGCACACCAUACCGUCGUUGUCUGGUGUCGGAAAAGUCUUCCGAAAAUUCCUCAGAAAACGACGAUACACCGGACAUCAAGAUUGUGUUUUUUUCUCGCCGAAUUUACGCACUUAAUCUCACUUUAUCUGGUCUAGUGCUCUGUGGAACCCUUUUCACACCGGACGAUGGAGCUGCGGCAAUGGCGUGUUUGGCCAACCGAUUAAAUUCUUCUCAGUGUAUUGAUCCAGAAUUUGUUAAUGGUGCAUAGUUCGACUUGAGUUUGGAAAUGUGCAUCAAUACUGUCUUAGAUGUAUUUUUCGAAUGCCGCUGCUGAGUUUGUUUUCAAGUCAAGUUUUUGCCUUCUGGUGAGAGUUGCAGUGCUCCUGAUUUGUUUUUGCCAGUUCUCCUCAAUAUCGUGGCACCGAAAGUUGUGCCAAUUGAGUUUGUGUUUAAAAAAGGGUGGAAUCAGAAAUCCCAAAAUGGAAUUUCCGAAGAAUCGUAAUUAUGUGCAAUUACAUUCCUCAGAACAUGGAAAAGGAGAUUACGGUCCCGAAUCAUGGGUUGCAAAGGUGGAUCCGUUGAGUCAUGCUAACGUAAGCGUGAAGCCUCCAGAGAUUGCGUUUUCUGAAGUGAAACCUGUACUUAAUUACUCUAUACAGACUGGUGAGGAGUUUGCUCUUGAAUUUAUGCGUGAUCGGGUCAAUCCCUGGAAGCCAUCCGGUACAAAUAUUUUGGGGGAUUCGAGUAAUGCAACCGACAAUAUGGCGGCGGUAAAAGGCAUUAAAGGAGUUAAUCAUACUGGCUCAGAUAGUGGGUCAGAGAUGGUUGCGCCAUCGCAAAAAUCCGCCAAAGAAUUGGAGCUACAAAUUUCGGCUAGUCUUGGCCACAAAGUUAAACAUGGGUAUCACUCCAUGCAAUCAGUUCCUCAAGCUUCAUCAGGCUACACCAGUCGGCAAUCAUUAGUGUGCACCUCAUCUGAGGGUUCUGGGAGUUCAUUGACCAAGCUGAAGUUUCUCUGUAGUUUUGGAGGUAGAAUCUUGCCUCGCCCAAGUGAUGGAAAGCUCAGAUAUGUUGGUGGUGAAACACGCAUCAUACGGAUAAAUCGGGACAUCACAUGGAAGGAAUUAUGGCAGAAAGCGACUGCAAUAUUUGAUGAGACUUGUACUAUAAAAUAUCAGCUUCCUGGAGAGGAUCUUGAUGCAUUAGUCUCCAUUUCGAGUGAUGAGGAUUUAGUGAACAUGAUGGAGGAGUGCAAUGUUCUGGAAGACGGAGAAGGAUCAAAGAAACUUCGGAUGUUUCUAUUCUCUCCUGGGGAUUUGGACGAUGCGCAGUUCACUCUGACCAAUCCUGUUGGUGAUUCAGAGAUUAAAUAUGUAGUUGCGGUCAAUGGUAUGGAUGCUGGAUCUCGCAAAGGCUCUAUGGCAUAUGGUUUUCAUAGUGCUUCUGCAAUCGAUUUGAAUGAGUUAAAUGCACUGAAUCCUAAUAAGGAUUCAGGCGACACAUCUUCUGAAUUUGUUGGGGAUAGGAAGGCGGAUUUGUCUGGCCUUGUUCUCCCUACAAUGGAAAUUGAGCCUACGAAACCAAUAGCACCAAGUGUCUCUAAAGCUUUUGAAUUUGGUGAACAUGCACGCCCUGACGAAGAAAAGAAACAUUCUUCCGAAUUUGAUUAUUUAUUUGACCCUCCAAAUUACAUGGCUCCUGAAAAUGACGCACCACAAUCUUCUCAUACAUAUGCUCCUGAACAAAGAGGCCUAGAAGGCCAGUCUGCAACUGGCUCUAGCACAUUGCGCUUCAAAGAGCAAGACGCAAAGGUGAAGCCUAAAGUUGAUGGCUUGAUUCUACAAGAAGGUGAAAGCAAGCAAAUUACUAAUGAGCAUUUAAUGCCGUCACCGCUGCAUAGUGAUAACCUUAAAGCCAGUCCACCUGUUGAAGAACCAUUGGUUUCCGUCCCUAAAUUGGAUAGAGAAUCUUCAUCCAAGUCUUUGAAGGACAACGUAGAGCCCGAUGAACCUAUGCAGACGACUAAACCUCUUGAUGAGCUCCCUACGUCCAGUGACAAUGAGUAUUCUGCCUCUGCUAGCACUCAUGCUCCUGAAUCCAUUGACUCGAAGUCUGAUCCUGUUGAUUUCAGCUACAAUGAGCCUCCUGUUCCGUCUCAGAGGGUCUUUCGUUCUGAGUGGUUUCCGCGAGAGCAGGCAGAGUUAAACAGAAUAUCAAAGUCGGAUGAUUCACUAGGUUCUCAGUUUCUUGUUAAUCAAGCUCACACUAAUGUGUCACAGCAGGAUUUAAUGGCAACAUCUGCUGAGAACUCACAGAAAGGGCACGAAAAUAUUCCUAAUGAGCAGUUAGUUUCUACAGGAAAGCCUUUUCCUUUGGAACCUGAAUUCAUCGAUGAUGGGCUUACCAGAGCUCAAGUGCAGAAACAGGAGCCCCUUGAAGGUAGAGACUCCUUGUGUGAGAGUCAAGUUCUCAACGCUGAUAUAGAACAUGGAUUGAAGUUCACUGCUGAGAAAAAUGAUGAAUCAGUGAAACAGUCACAAGAUCCUAUUCAUUUGGUUGAAGUGCCUUCGACUCGAUCCAACACUAGUGGUGUCCCAACAUGGAUAGCAACUCCAGAAGGAACCGGUUUUUCUGUUCCUAGGAAGGAGCAGGGAGACAUUCUUAUAGAUAUCAAUGACAGAUUUCCACCUGAACUGCUGUCUGACAUCUUCUCUAAAGCUAUUCUUUCUGAUAGUUCAUCUGGUUUUGGGCCUCCGCCGAAGGAUGCACCUGGCAUAAGUGUGAACAUAGAGAACCAUGAUCCUAAACACUGGUCCUUCUUCCAAAGACUUGCAGGGAAUGAGUUUGCAAGAAGGGAUGUUUCUCUUAUUGAUCAAGACCAUGUCGUGUUUUCGUCAGGACUCACAAAAGGUGAAGAGGAGGCUCCUUUAGCAUAUGACUUUGUGAGUCAUGGGGGAGUGCAGGAAACAUAUGGUGAAGAUGACCGGACAGAAGCAGAUGGAGUUGGAGUUGGCUCUACGGCUGUCAAUUAUGCUUCAUCACAGGUAAAGCUGAGUGAAGCCUUGCGCUAUGAUGGUUUGAUGGAUCACACAAGAGUUGGUUAUUCCGGAUAUGAGGAGGAUAUCAGAAAGAUUGGCUUACCUCCUCUGGAUCCAUCUUUGAUGAAUUUUGACAUCAACUCAUUGCAGAUAAUAAAAAACGCUGAUCUUGAAGAACUAAGGGAGCUUGGUUCAGGCACAUUUGGGACUGUGUAUCAUGGAAAAUGGAGAGGCUCUGAUGUAGCAAUCAAGCGCAUAAAGAAGAGUUGCUUUACAGGACGUCAAUCAGAGCAAGAGAGACUGACUGUUGAAUUUUGGAGGGAAGCUGAAAUUCUGUCCAAGCUUCACCACCCGAACAUAGUUGCCUUUUAUGGUGUUGUACAAGAUGGACCAGGGGGUACAUUGGCUACUGUCACUGAAUUCAUGGUUGAUGGUUCAUUAAGACAUGUUCUACUUCGGAAGGAUAGGCAUCUUGAUCGACGGAAGAGGCUUAUAAUUGCCAUGGAUGCUGCAUUUGGAAUGGAAUAUUUGCACUCAAAGAACAUAGUGCAUUUCGAUUUGAAAUGCGACAAUUUGCUGGUUAACUUGAAAGAUUCUUCAAGACCUAUAUGCAAGGUAGGUGAUUUUGGUUUAUCCAAAAUAAAGCGUAACACCUUGGUUUCUGGGGGAGUACGGGGAACACUUCCGUGGAUGGCUCCUGAGCUGCUAAAUGGAAGCAGCAAUAAAGUAUCUGAAAAGGUGGAUGUCUUUUCCUUUGGAAUCGUCUUGUGGGAGAUACUUACCGGGGAAGAGCCAUAUGCCAACAUGCAUUACGGCGCAAUCAUAGGUGGCAUUGUGAACAACACAUUGAGGCCAGCCAUUCCGAGCCACUGUGAUCCCGAAUGGAGAAGAUUAAUGGAACAGUGUUGGGCCCCGAAUCCUACUAAAAGGCCGUCAUUCACUGAAAUAGCAAGCCGGUUGCGAGUAAUGUCUGCUUCUGCCCAGACCAAGAAGGCUGCUGCAUAGAGAGUGUGCCGAAUGAAUGCAGGACCCGGCGAUCAAAUAAGUUAAUCAGACCCUAGCCAAUAUACAUAUACAUAUACAUAUACAUACACAUACAUAUCUAUACAUAUAUGAUGCAAACUUGCAUACCUGUAUAUGUUAAGUUUUGAGAGGACAUCUCAACACCUAGUGAUGGCACUCUUUGCUCUAUAGUGAAUGAACAGUUUUCGACCAAUUACCCGAUUUCUAGCUUAGUUCAUUGC